UUUAAUGCUAUACCUUUUUUGGUCCGAAAGCUAGCUAUAGCGGAUAGAGAGGUGGGUAAAAUUUGCUGAAAAUUGAGAGAUGAAGAUGGAAGACAAUGAGACGAGCGAGCGCGAGAAGGAAGUGAAGGAGUUCCUCCAGAGCAAAGCCGAUGUGAAAGGACUUGUAGACUCUGGAAUUACCAAGCUUCCCAGAAUCUUCAUCCAUUCACUGCCCCAAAAAUAUUGCACUGCUACUGCCAAAAUCAAUCAUGAUGAUGAUCAUAAUGAUAUUCUCCAAGUCCCGGUCAUCGAUCUGGAAGGCUUAGCUGAUGUUGAUGAUCAAAGUAGAAGAAAGGAGAUUGUAGAAGACAUUGAAAACGCAGCGGGGAAAUGGGGUUUCUUUCAGAUUAUCAACCAUGGAAUCCCACUAUCUGUUAUGGAAGAUAUGCUUGAAGCUACUCGUCGUUUUCACGAACUGCCCAAGGAAGUGAAGAAUGAAUGGUACUCUAUUGAUUUUGCACACAAUAAUGUCAGCUUUUUCAGCAACCCUCGAUUCAGACCAGAGAGACCUGGAGAUUGGAGAGAUACAUUACGCUGUUCUGCCGUUGAAAAUGAACGCAACAUGGAAGCAGUACCCCAAGCAUGCAGAGAAGAAUUGAAAGAGUAUUACAAGGCCUUAGUGGGGAUCCGAAAGAUAUUAGGUGAAUUACUAUCAGAAGCACUGGGACUUAGCAGUGAUUACAUAACAAACGCGGGUUGCUUGAACUCCAUGUCACUCUUCUGUCAAUAUUACCCAGUUUGCCCGGAGCCCCAUUUGACUUUGGGCUCUACCAAGCACGCAGAUAGCUCCUUUUUCACCAUUGUGCUUCAAGACACAACUGGUGGUCUCCAAGUUCUUCAUCAAAAUCAUUGGAUUGAUGUGAAACCCGUCAGAGGAGCUUUUCUUGUCAAUAUUGGUGACUUAAUGCAGCUACUUAGUAAUGACAAGAUGAAGAGUGUAGAGCAUAGAGUUUUGGCUACACAAGGAGUGAAGGCUCGAGUAUCAGUUGCAUGUUUCUUCAAUUCUGAUGACAAGCUCAAACCAUAUGGACCCAUAAAGGAGCUCCUAUCCGAGAACAAUCCACCUCUUUAUAAGGAUACCAAUUAUAUAGAAUUUGCAACUCAUUACCAGGGUGAUGGAUUUUAUACUACGUCCCUUCCUCAUUUUAGGCUAGCCUAGUCAUACAUAUAUAUAUAUAUAUAUAAUAAAUUGGGGAGAGAGAUUUUAGCAGUGGUAGUCAUUGACAAUUACGCUGCGCUAAAAGGAUGUUGAAGUACUUGUUGAGUUGUUUAAGUCAAGUUUAUAUGUAGUGUGCAAUGGUAUUGUUAAAGCCUGUCUAUAUUAAUGAUAGGUUGGGUUGUAUUUUAUAUAUAUAUAUAUAUAUAUAUAUAUUUUUUGGUAAG